CAUCUCGUGGGGAAGUGAGAGAACCCGGAUCCCGGAAGUGAAUCGUUUGCAGCUAAAUGAACACUUGCAUAGGUGUUUUGUUUUGUUUUGCACCAUCACCUGGUUUCCUUAAAUGCUAGGGCUUUCUCGUGUAGUAUAACUAAGAUGGGACAUCUUUCAUACAGGACGGUGCUGAGAGAUCGAUACAGAAGUGAAGGGAACUCACCGUGCUCUCAGGUUUGACCUCCAGGUGGUACAGCACUUUAUGACACCAUGUUGGUGACAGCGUAUUUUGCCAUCGUUUUCCUGAUUGUCCUGUGUGUUGGCCUCGAGCUCACAGCACGCCGACUCACGCCACCUCAGUCGACCCCAACUGCUGUAGCAAACCCAGCUUUCCGUCGCUUCCAGAGUAUAUUCCUCCGAGCAUACCUGUUGGCUCUAUGGUCGGACUGGCUCCAGGGUCCUUACCUCUACAAACUCUACCGCCACUACAGCUUCCUGGAAUCCCAAAUAGCCAUCUUAUAUGUCUGUGGACUGGCCUCCUGUGUUCUGUUUGCUCCUUUUUCAGGCUGGCUCCCUCAAGCUUUGGGCCGUAGACGUGCAUGCCUCCUAUUCUGCCUGUCCUACUCCGCUUGUUCUCUCACCAAGCUGUCCAGAGACUACUUUGUUUUAAUUGUGGGCCGGAUCCUAGGGGGUCUGUCAACAUCCUUGCUUGCCACAACAUUUGAAGCCUGGUAUGUGCAUCGGCAUGUAGACGUCCAUGAUUUCCCCAAGGAGUGGAUCCCCAGCACUUUCAACAAAGCUGCUACCUGGAACCAUGGGCUUGCUGUGGGAGCAGGGCUGGUGGCUAACAUGCUGGCCGAGUGGCUACACCUGGGGCCUGUGGCUCCCUUUCUCCUGGCUGUUCCCUGCCUGGUGUGUUGUGGCUGGGUGGUGUUAACAGAUUGGGGCAAGGAAGAAGCAGAAGCAAGUCCUGAAGGUGACAAACAAACCUUGCUCUUUGGCACUGCGAGUGGAGGUGCGACCCGUUUGUCUGCGAGGGCCCGCUUCUCUCGCAGCUGCCAGGACGGACUGCGCUGCCUGCUGUCUGACAAGAGGGUCAUGCUUUUGGGUGGAGUGCAGGCUUUGUUUGAAAGUGUCCUGUAUAUAUUUGUUUUUCUUUGGACCCCAGUACUAGACCCUCAUGGACCUCCUUUGGGAAUAGUGUUCUCAUGCCUAAUGGCUGCCAGCAUGGUCGGGUCCCUGCUGUACCGCCUAGCCACCUCCACCCGCUACCGUCUACAGCCUGGCCAUGUUCUCUGCCUGGCUGUUUUGAUGGCCUUCUUCUCCUUCUUCAUGCUGACCUUCUCCACUGCCCCAGGUCAGCCAAGACCUCAUGAAUCCUUUCUGGCCUUCCUGCUGCUGGAGCUGGCCAGCGGCCUCUACUUUCCUGCUGUCAGCUUUCUCCAGGGCCGGGUGAUCCCAGAGGAGAAGCGAGCCAGUGUGCUGGCCUGGUUCCGGCUGCCCCUGCACCUGCUGGCCUGCCUUGGGCUGCUUGCACUACAUGGGGAGGUUUCAGGAACAGGUGGAGGGGAGGGUGGCAGCGGCACCAGGCACAUGUUUGGAGGCUGUGCAGUAAUGAUGCUCGCUGCUUUGAUGGCUGUAGUCAGUCUGUUCACACUGGGCAGGAAUGAUACAGAUCUGAGACUAGAGGGAACCAGAGGGGAGGGGGAAAUGUUCUGAGGUGAUAGACCAUAUACCAUCCAUGCUUCACUGACUUUUAAAUGUAAUGUGCCAGUAUUGUGUCUCUGAAAGAAGAAACAUAAUGUGCUUACUUUUGAAAAGAUCAAUGAAGGACAAAUCUAAAGGAGAUGUUUAGGUAUAUUCCAUUUCAACUGAAUUCUCACUUUAAUAUGUUUGCCUUGUACUUAUUUCUUGUUGUUAUUGGGGGAGAGUCUUUUUGCUCAUAAAAUGUGGUGGGACACUUUCUGAACUUUGCCACAUGUACACACAUGUUUCAUCUGUCGCGUAAAAUGCCAAUAGCUUCAUCAGUCAUGUCCAAAACCCCUUUAUUAUUCCAUCAACUUUUAUAAAUAACUUGUUUUUAGCCAAAUGUGACAACAAGGAGAUGGGAUGAUGGAUUUGCUAAAAUAUAUUACAUUUCAUCUGUAAGUAUCCUCAUGUUAACCAUAUAGCUCAUUUUGCUUUUAAAAGCAGACAUGAAGGGGCAUGGGUUACAGAGAGCUCAGUGAAUACCCAAAGAGGUAAGGUCAUGACUAACAUGUAGACCAUUUUUGUAUGACAGUUCUUAGAAUAAUUCUGCCACUGGCCUUUGAUUACUCUCUUUAUUUUAUUUGUUGGGGGCUUUUUGCCUUUAUUUGAUAAGGCAGCUGAAGAGAGACAGGAAAUGUGGGGAGAGAGUGGGGGAAGGCAUGUGGGAGAUGGUCGCAGCUGGGACUGUAGCCUCUGUAUGUGGGGCGCUUAGACCGCUAGGCCACCAGCGCCUCCUCUAAAGAGGGCAACCAUCAGGUCAAUUUUAUGUUGAAUAUUUUCAUUCUGCACCACCCAAAGGCUAUUGUCUUCACAUUUCUCUGUUCUUUGGCACUGUUAAAUAAAAGUACAUAUUGUACUUAUCAUUUA